AUGAAGAAGAUCAUCCUCUCGGUCAAUGCGGGGUCCUCCUCCGUCAAGAUCUCCGUCUACGAGGCCGAGGCCCACGGCAAUCCGACCCAGCUCGCCGAGGCCCAGAUCAGCGGCCUGACCUCGCCGCCGCCCAAGCUCACCUACGUGCGCGGCGGGCAGACAGCGUCCAAGGACGAAGAGCUCGGCGGCGGCGGCGGCGGCAAGAAGGUCGGCAACCAGGACGACGCCUUCCGCAUCAUCCUGUCGACGCUCACAGAGGACCCUGCGCUGCCACAGCUCGCCAGCAAGGACGACGUGGCCAUCGUGUGCCACCGCAUCGUGCACGGAGGCGACUUCCGCACCGCACAGGUCAUCAACGAGGCCACCUACCACCGCCUCGAGGAGCUCAACGACCUCGCCCCCUUGCACAACGCCCCCUCGCUCGAGAUCGUCAAGAGCUGCAUCGCCCAGCUGCCAGGCGCCAUCAACGUAGCCUGCUUCGACUCCCAGUUCCACGCGAGCAUGCCCGUCCACGUGCGGACCUACCCUAUUGAUCAGGGCAUUGCCCGUAAGAACGGCCUGCGCAAGUACGGAUUUCAUGGUAUCAGCUACUCCUUCAUCACACGGUCUGCCGCCGAGUUCCUUGGUAAGGAUGUGCGGGAUGUGAACCUUAUUGCGCUGCACCUGGGGAGCGGCGCGAGCGCGUGUGCCAUCAAGGGCGGCAAGAGCUGGGAUACCAGCAUGGGAUUGACGCCGCUGGCCGGCUUGCCAGGCGCCACGAGGAGUGGGAGUAUCGACCCAAGUCUGGUCUUCCACUACGCUUCCGAUGUGGGCAAGCUCUCACCCUCCUCGACCAAGGAACUGCACAUCUCGGUCGCCGAAACCAUCCUCAACAAGGAGUCCGGGUGGAAAGCCCUCACCGGCACGACCAACUUCGGCACCAUAGCCAGCUCCUCGGACCCCAAGCACCAGCUUGCCUUUGACCUCUUCGUCGACCGCGUCUGCGGCUUCGUCGGGUCAUACUACGUUACCCUCCGCGGCCAGGUCGACGCUCUCGUCUUCGCCGGCGGCAUAGGCGAGAAGAGCGACAAGCUCCGCCGCGCCGUCGUCGACCGGUGCGCCUGCCUCGGGUUUGAGGUCGACCUCGAGAAGAACGCCAGCCGCGACCCAGGGGAGACAGGGAAGGUUGUGCGCGAUGUCGGCCUCGCUGUGCACAAGGAUGGGCGGACGCACCGGGUCUUGGUUGUCCAGACGGACGAGCAGUUUGAGAUGGCGCAUGCUGCGGCACAGGAUCCGGCGCUGUGGGCGGACGAGCUGGACGAGGUCCCGGACCUGGAGCUGCUCAGAGUCAAGAGUGGGCACUAA